ACGAUAUUGGAUAUUGGAUUCAAAUUGGUUUGCCUUGAGCUACACGACCUUGUCGUACAGGUGCAUCGUUCCUUUUGGAUGGCAAAUAGCAAUCACAGUGGUGUCGGUGAUGGUAUCGUUGAUUGUGUCGUUAUAAAUAAAACUGUACAACACAUACUGCCGGAAAUUAUAUCAUCAAUUACAAAUGAGAUCAAAGUAUUUAGUCAUUAUCUGAAAGACUUAUCUGGUGACCGUGUGGUUUCUACUUGCCUGGAUCGGCUGAUACGCAAACCUUUCUUGAAGCUUUCUGAUGGAGAGUCACCUCCCUGUAACGCAGAUACAGUUAUCAGAACUCAAAGAAAAGAAUGGAACUUAAGUGAUAUACGGGCUACAUGCGGAAAAAAGUGGUUGAAAAAGGAGCUAGAAUGUUUGAUCAAAGCAGUUGCUACUUGUGCUCGAAAUCGUCAAAUCCAAGCUUUAGAAGAAAAAGAACGCACUUUACUAAGCAAGAUUGCGAAGUCCAGAAGUCGAUCACGAUCAGAAGAAACUUGUACUGAAGAUUCAUCUUCAUCUGCAGAAUCACAUAACUGUCUUCUUUCAGAGUUAAAGGCUUGUAAAUCAAAACUCUAUCAAAUACACCGUAUAUCUGCAACACCUCCAAAAAGCUUAGUUUUACGUAUAGCCAACAAGGCAUUAACUGAUUCUGAUGAAGAUAUUUUACAAAGCAAAAGAGUGUAUAAUUUUCAUACAGAUAGUUUCCAAGGACAGUCUUCUAAAAAUUGGUAUGAUUUGCUUUCAUCAGCUGAUAGUAUUAUUCGACCAUCUGACUGGAGUGAGAUAUCAAAUAUGGAGGGUAAAACUUCUGUAAGUGAUGUGAAUGCUCGACUACUUUGGAUUCACCGUUUACAACCUAAUAUCAAUCGUUCGAAAUGGCCAGAUGAAGAAGAUAAAAGAUUGACUGAGCUUGUAAAAGAGUAUGGUGAAUAUGGUCGUUGGGAUGAGAUAUGCAAAGCUUUAAAUACCAACCGUACACCAUUUGCAUGCAUUCAACGUUGGCAAACUGUGCUAAAUCCUAAUUUUACUCUGUACCGCUCAUGGUCCACUUCAGAAGAUACUGCACUAAUGGAUAUCUUGAAAAAUCUGCUUAAUUCUUAUCCCCCUGGUAUAAUGGAUUGGGAUAUUGUUUCUGCUUAUCAUCCAACUCGAUCAACUAACGAAUGUCGUUCAAGAGCGCCUGCGAUUUGUGCAGCGUUUCAGAAUAUUGUUCCUAAGCUACUAGAUGUUGUGGAUAGAGAUAUCUCGGAUAACUCACAAAUCAAAAAUCAAGUUUACAUUUCAUCUGGUCCAUUUUCCCUUCAAGAAGAUUUACAACUUUUGAUGGCUGUUCAACGGUAUGGAACUGCUGGUGGGCGUAUUGGGCAUGGUGGAGGUACUGGAGUCGGCUCUUGGGCUUUGGUUACUACUGCUGUACCAGGUCGAAGUGCAUCAUCUUGCAGAAAAAGAUACCUAGAACUGUGUGAACAAUUCCAGCCCUGGACAUGUUAUGAAGACCAUAAAUUAUAUAAUCUUGUUCUUAAUUACGGACCAUAUAUCCCUAUAGGAUCUUGGAACACAUGUCCAACCCUGCAAAUUUUCAACAGUAUCCUGCCGUAUUUUCCUGGUCGUUCUGCCUGUUCACUUCAAUCACGGUUUAAAACGUUAAGAAAAUGGGCUAAAUUAUGGAGUGAUCUACGCAACCGCAUUCCCGUAGUGCCACAGGAUUCAACUGGUGGUUGUAAUUCAUUAUCACCAUCACAAGAAAGUAUUCUAAUAUAUUCACCGUUGGCUAAACAUUUUGUUAAUCAGUUAAGAAAUGCUGGUGUAGCAGAUCCAGAAACUGAAGCGUAUAGAACGUUAACUUCUUGGAAGACAGCGAAAUUACCUGUCAAAUCUAAUUACACAUGGUUAAAAAGUGAUUGGAAACCGAGUCAAAUAGAUCAAGAUUUUAUGCAACUAUUAAGUGAAUUAGCCUCUUGUGUUUUAAUGCAACAACAUUUACACCCUAAUAAUAUCUUUAAUACUACAGAUAUUAUUUCUUCAAGUCAAUUGAAUGACUUGUCUGGAUUAGAAGAGGACACUGCUUCUACUACUACUACUACGACGACGACGACGAAUACUUCUGUUACCAGUACUGUUAUUACCAUUGCUCCCAGUACUAGUGGUAAUAACAACAAUAAUUAUGAUAAUAGUGAAUUAACAGAUUUAGAAAGAAUCUCUGAGAUUUCAAAUCAAGACUUAUUUGGACGUCUUCCAGGCCCAGAAUCUAAAUGGAUGAUAUAUCAAACUCAGGUGAAACAUGUUUUAGUUGGUCCAAUACGUAGGCAACUUUAUAUAUUAGCUGGAGUUCCAAUCCCCUCCUCAUUAACACUUCCUACAUCAUUAUCUGUGUCUCUUCGUCCUUCCUCAGUUUAUUCUCUACCAAGAACAAUUCGCAGACGGAAAGAUAAUCGAGCAUUGUUAUUAUUACGUAAAGAACACUUAUUUUGGAUGACGUUCGAUCGGGCAAUGCGUGAUCCAAAGAUUAAAGCGUUCUUAAAACGAAUCACGAAAAUAUCAAUGUUACGAAAUGUAGGCCCUAUUAUUGCACGUACAAUGGUGUCGCAUCUUCGUCAAAAAUCUAUUGCUUACAGGACUUUUGGACGUCGAAAACAGUUCAAAUUUGGCUCUCAAACUUUACCAGUGCGAAAAAGUACACGAUGUAAAAGAGCAUUAAGAAACGCUAUACUAGAGAAACAUGGUAUUUCACCAUCGAAAAUUGUAGACCGCUCAAAUACUUCUUAUGCUUCUCCUUCUUCUACUGAGUUAUCAGUUGAGAAAGAGAAUUUAUCACCUGUAAACAGUAGAAAUAACUCCCGAGAUAAGUCUACACGUAAUACUACCACCACUACUACAGCUUGCAAUAGUAAGAGUACUACGACAACAACAACUACUACUGCUAGUGUAACUGCCUCUAGUUCAACUGCGAAUAGUGAUUCCUUAGAAAUAUCCGCAGACAGAUGUCAAUCGUUACUGCGAAUUCGAAAUCUGCUUAAGUUAUACGGAAAAAGAAAAAGACGGGAUCCUGGAAAUUACUAUUCUUUAAAUACAGCUGCUUGGUAUCGAAGACAACAAUCCAGGACUGGGCGCGUUUGUACACAACGGAAAUAUAUGCCACCUGUUUUACGUGAUUUGCCGCAAAGUGUAUGUACUCAUCUGUACAGUCAAUCUGAGGAGGAAAAAAAACGUUCCCUGGAAAUGGCAGAGGCAUUGUGUUUGAAAUUAUUAGAUAUAGAUAAAAGUGAAAUAGAAUUAUUUGAAGUGUCUUCAAGUCGUACCCGUAGAACUACCGAUGAUUCCUCAGUCUUGCCUAUAUUAUCAGGUAUAACUGAAGACCAAUUUCCACGGUUGUGUAAACCAGACGUUAUCCCACCAAAUUAUGCUACUUUCUUAGGUUUCAAAACUGUUUUAAUGCAUUUACCUACUUUAUUAAAAAAGGAGAAUGGUCGAUUUUCACAAUUGGUUGAAUUCAGAAAUCUGCUCAACAUGAAUCCUGGUAACACUGCCACGAAUGAAGAAACUAAAGAAAAAAUUAGAAGUAGUGAAUCAUUGUACAAUCGUGGUCCUCCCUUAUUAGCUAUGGCAGAUUAUUUUUUCUCAGAAGCCUAUACAAAUUUUAUUAACAGGUCAUUAUGUUUGUUUAUGGUGCCUGCAAUAUUAUCGAAAAUUCCAAUUGAUGAAAUAAUGGAAAGUGCUAAACGUUAUUGGCAAGAAGCUUAUGAACAUUCAAUAACUCAUUGUUCUGAAUCCAAAACGAAGGUUACAAAAAAGAAAGUGAAGUCAAAUGAUGCUGGCGGUAAUGAUGUCGACGUGGAUAAUAAUAAUGAUAAUGAUUAUGUUCCCGUAACUAGACAUAAACGAAAAGCCAAGGAAAGGAUUUAUCCAGUUACAAUACCGCAUAAAAGAUUAAAAGGAGAUUACAGUUACUCAGCAUUACGUCAUGUCGUUGCAUCUAAAGUGAACUGGGCUAAACGGACCAAUUCGACAACAACAUUUACAAUUGUUAAUCCAGAUGGUGUAUCUAUACCGUUAACAUUAUCUGAUAAAAUCAGAAUUUUACAUGCUUGUGGUUUUCAAGCUGAUUCAUUUUUAAAUCUCAAGAAAUAGAAUAAUUAUGAAGUUUUUUUCGUGCAUAUUAUGUAUUAUGUUACUUUAUUUUUUGAAAUAUAAAAGAUUGUGAAUUUCAAUUUGUUUCUUCUUUUCUCAUAAUGUGUAGGAUAAAAGGUUUCGCUUGAAAUGAUGUCGACAAAAAUGUAUUAGUCUCACAGCCAAAGAAGAAAUUGCAGUAUCACUGUAAAAUAUAAUUAUGUGAUAAAGGGGGUGUCUAUGUUUCUUAUGGAGGUGUAUUAGUUUGAUCUUAGGAUAUAAGAUGCCUAUCAAGGUAACCUUCAGUAAGGGAAGACCAGUCAGUCCAUUCAUAAAGUUGUCAGUCACAUUUAGUGACUGAUAGCUAGGAUAUUUGCUAUGGAUGAACACUGUCAACAUAAGCAGGACUAAAUAAGUCAGACGUAUGUGAUCAAGCUGACAAAUGACUACCAGCCAGUCACGAAUUAGAAUUCAUGGGUCAUUGAGGCAGGUGCCAGUAGCUUGCCUUGUAACUAGAAGGUCCUGGGUUCGAAACCCGAUCAGUGAAUGCGUACUGCCGAUGAGACCCGGGAAACUGGGACGAAACAGCUCUCCAGUGCUCCCUGGUUAGGUUCUCAGUGGUUCUCCAGUUGAUAUCAAUCCGUGGGCAAACUUGAAACAAAUCGAUUCCGCACAAAAUUACUCUUGAAAAUCAAUCUCUAUGUUAAUUCCUUUCCUACCUGUUCAUUCUCAAUCUUUCCUUUGUUAAACAUUAUACUACUUGCCAUUAGUAAGUAGUAUGAUUUGUAUAUGUUAAUUUAUAACAAUGACAUUUGCUUACGACUGCAGUUAAAUUACUUGUUCUAUUAUCAUUCUAUUAAUGUAUACUUCUUAUUUUUCUUCUCCUUAAACAUUAUUUGCUGCAUUUACCCUAUAGUGUAUGAUUUACUAUUGAAAGUUGUUUGUUCAUAUUUGUUUAUUCUUUGCUUGGCAUUCGCGGGCCGUUUGAACCGACGCGUGGAUCGACCUUGACACAGCAUUGCUGUUUUUACUUAUUGACUGCACAGUGGUUGUGCAUUUGACGGCAUUUAGCCACAGACACCUCACAUUUGAGGUUUGUAUAUUAUAUAUCUAUUUUUAUGUAAUAAAGUACCGUAUUGCAGG